AUGAUUAUUACUUGGUUAACGAAACAAAUUCAUUCAGCAUCUUGUAUCUUAUUAUCUCGUUUGUUCCUAUCAUUCUUUUUACCUUAUUGUCAACGUUUGUUUCGUUCGAAUGCUGUGUCGGCCGUAUGGAAUUAUAAUAAACUCCAAUAUCAACGCGUUAAAGAAUUAAUGCAGAAUCUACAACAACAGGAAGAACCAUUGGAACAAGCUCAAGAAUGGAUCUGGUUAGAUCGGAACUGUAUUGAUGCUUAUAGUUAUUGUCCGUUAGAAGAUGAAGUUUCAGUUGGUUCAGAUUUUCUCCCUACUUUGUCUCAUCAAACCGAACAUCUUAGUUGUGGUAUAUGGAUGGAAACUUCACUUUUCCUCAUUCAUGCUCACCAUCAACAACGUGCUAAAAAUCUUCCUCUACUCGGUCUUUAA